ACUUUGCUAGACCGCUUUAUUUUGCAAACGCCUAAUAAUUGUUUACAUUACAAUAAUAGAAAUUACAUUUCGAAAUACGAUUUAAAUCGAAGAAACAAACUGAAAAAAUCAUGUCUACGCCAAAUAAUGAAAAUGGUGGCGGAAAUUUAAUGGAUGAAUUUGAGGAAGCCUUUCAGGCCUGUCUGCUGUCGCUUACUAAACAGGAACCCAACUCCGGCACUAAUAAAGAAGAAAUUGAGUUGGAGGUGCAAAAGACAACAAAUCGAUUUAUUGAUGUAGCUCGCCAAAUGGAAGCAUUCUUUCUGCAAAAGCGAUUUCUUGUUUCCACACUGAAACCAUAUAUGCUCAUCAAGGAUGAGAAUCAAGACCUCAGCAUUGAGAUACAACGUAAAGAGACACUAUUACAAAAACACUAUAAUCGGUUGGAGGAGUGGAAGGCUUGUCUAUCGGAUAUACAGCAAGGUGUGCACACUCGUCCCAGCCCGGCCAUGAUGCCAGGUCCAUGCCCCGGAGGUAUGCAAGCUCUAGGUGGCCCAGGGCCGCGUCCUGGCCUAAUGAGCGGUAUGCCGCCGGGUGGCAUGCCAUCCGUCGGUCAAAUGCCGGGAGGCCAACAACAUUUAUUGCAGGCACAACAAAUGCAAAUGCGUAUGAUGGGCAAACUACCACCUAAGUGAUUAUCUAUUAUUAUAGUACAUAAUUUAAAGAUUAAGUCAUAUAACUUUUUAAUAAAUGAAACCUAUACGCUGCCGAAAAUGAUAGAUCCAGCGUCUAGGUAUGGUCGUUACCUGCUUUGGAAACCUAUCAAUAAAGUGAAAUAUAUUCUUAUUUUUCCC